GCCUCUUCAGCGUCGACAGCAGGAGUCAAGCUGGACGGGAGAGGAUGGCGAUGGCGCAGUAGCAGCCCGCGUACCAGCAGUACCAGGCAGCAUAAGCUUGAGCUUGCGGGCGUAGACGGAGAAUCGCUGGGCCUCGAACUCGAAGAACUCCCACCGCCAGCCGUCCGGCUCGCGCAUCGAGCUGCUGCUGCUAGUCGCCUCCAUUCUCCUGCUGCAGAGGCUAGUCUACGUCGCCGGCGAAAGCUCUGCGACCUCAUCGAAGCCGACAUGAAGUUUUCGCAUAGCAUUCAAUUCAAUGCUGUGCCGGACUGGUCUUCCAACUACAUCGCCUACUCUAACCUGAAAAAGCUCAUAUACCAGCUCGAGAAGCAGCUCAACCAGAAUGGCCAAGUUACCUCAGGCCCAGCCGAUCCCGAGUCGUCUCCGUUGCUUGCGAAUGCUUCUCUGGACGACCCGGACAAGGUCUUUUCCCGAAAGCUGGAUGAUGAGUUGGACAAAAUCAGCACUUUUUACCAGCUGAAAGAGCUUGAGAUCUUCGGCGAAGUAGACUCACUCCUUCGCGAUAUAGAAGAAUUCGAUGAGGAACAUGCAGCAGACGAGGCGGAUGGCAUGGGCGGAGAGCGUAGGCAGAGUCUGUGGACAAGAGCCAGGCAGCAGAGCAUAUUUCGCGGUUUCCCCAGGAAGAGAAGGAAGUCGUCGACAGUGAGCAGCAGCAGGCCGGAACGCGAUGCGAUCCAGGAGGAAGAUGACGAAAGCGAAGACGAGGACAACGAGCAAGCUCCACUCACCAAGAGCACUUCUACCUUGGACAGAUCUCAAACUCUUGACAAGGCCACAAAGCUAAGGCACGACGCUCUGCAGGCACUAUACGAUGAAGGCAUUACGUUGAAGAAAAGGACGACGAACUUAUAUGUUAGUGUCUGCGAGCUACGGUCAUUUAUCCAGCUGAAUGAGACCGGUUUCCGUAAAGUCUGCAAGAAGUACGACAAGAUCUUAGACCGCAAUCUCAAGCGCACCUAUCUCGACGCAAAAGUCAAGCCAGCAUAUCCAUUCCUCCCGAGCACCAUGGACCGUCUCAACGAGUAUCUGAAGAAGAUCGAGGAAGCGUAUGCAAGCGUCGUUACGAAGGGUGACGUUGAGGCGGCUCGCCAGGAACUCCGGCUUCAUUUGAGAGAGCAUGUGGUGUGGGAGCGUAAUACAGUCUGGCGAGAGAUGAUUGGAAUUGAACGUAAAGCACAAGCGGCCAAUCUAGGCAUCCGACAGACUAUGCUCGGGCCAGACACAGAUCACAAGAAAGCACGUCUGCAAGGAGACGAAGAAGAAGCUGCUACUAAAGAGGUCAAUCUACCCAUCGGCAAGUACAGAUGCCCAAGGUUCCUGGUCACGGGGACUUUCUGGGUACUAUGCGCCAUUAUCGCCAUCUUUGCAGUACUCUUGGUGAUUCCUAUCAUGGAGAGGCCAGAGCAGCAGAAUUGCUUGGCUUUGGCCGUCUUUGUCAGCUUGUUGUGGGCAACGGAAGCUAUACCACUGUUCGUCACCUCGCUGCUGGUGCCAUUCCUUUGCGUCAUCUUGCAAGUGGUGCGGGAAGACAACAAGCCAUAUCGACGACUAUCUAGCAAGGAGGCUGCAGGAUAUGUGUUUGCAUCAAUGUGGACUCCGGUCAUUAUGCUGCUGCUAGGCGGCUUCACAAUUGCAGCGGCCUUGAGCAAAUAUAACAUCGCGAAGAUGAUGGCGACUUUCGUGCUCUCAAAGGCUGGCACGAGGCCUCGCACAGUCCUCCUCACGAGUAUGGGCGUAGCAACAUUUGCCAGCAUGUGGAUCAGCAAUGUCGCGGCGCCCGUUUUGUGCUUCAGCAUCCUUCAGCCUAUCUUGCGCAACCUGCCGGCAGAUAGCGACAUGACCAAGGCUCUACUUCUUGGUAUCGCGCUGGCCUCGAACAUUGGCGGUGCCGCAUCGCCCAUCGCUUCACCGCAAAACUUGAUCGCAUUGGAGAAUAUGGAACCACAACCAGGCUGGGGUACUUGGUUCUUCAUCGCGUUGCCCGUAUGCAUCAUUAGCGUCCUCCUAAUUUGGCUCUUACUACUCGUCACCUUCCGACCAGGCCGCAACACUACCAUCGUGCCUAUUCGUCCAAUGAAGGACAAGUUUACUGGAGUGCAGUACUUUAUCUCUAUUGUCACGAUUGCCACGAUCAUCCUGUGGUGUGUUAGUCAUCAGCUUGAAGGCGUUUUUGGAGACAUGGGCGUGGUUGCGAUCAUUCCCAUGGUGCUCUUCUUUGGUACUGGAAUUCUGACAAAAGAAGACUUUAAUAACUUCCUAUGGACUAUCAUCAUCCUUGCCGCUGGUGGGUUGGCGCUUGGUAAGGCUGUGAACAGCUCUGGUCUGCUCAAGACCGUUGCAAUCGCCAUCUCGGAAGGAGUCUCCCAUCUUUCCCUUUACGGCAUUACCUGUGCCUUCGCAGCUCUCAUUGCCGUUGUGGCGACGUUCAUCAGUCAUACGGUUGCCGCGCUGAUCAUCCUCCCUCUUGUGCGCGAAGUUGGCGCUGGCAUGUCGGAGCCGCAUCCCAACCUCCUCGUCAUGGCUUCAGUACUCAUGGCGUCUGCCGCAAUGGGUCUCCCGACUUCGGGCUUCCCGAACAUGACUGCCAUAAUGAUGGAGGAUCCACAAACCGGGCAACGAUAUCUUCAGGUCAGGCAUUUUUUGACUCGCGGCAUUCCAGCAAGCAUAAUUUCGUACGGAGUCAUCAUCAGCGUUGGAUAUGGCUUGAUGAUCGCGGUUGGGUUCUAGGUCCGUGAUCGACACUCCUGACAGCCUUCACCGUUCCUGAGCUUCCAUAGAAUUUUGAAGAUAGAGCGAUGAAACGAACAACUACCAUCUGAGCCGUAGUUUGUGUUCGC